GUUGAGUGGUUCUUGGAUGAUGUACAAGACAGAUCAACAUUGGUACAAGUCAGCAUUCCAAAGGCUUUUUCAAAAAAGAAACGUAAAAGAGUGUAGAGGAUGGAAUGUAUGAUGUACAAGUAGAAACAAACCCAGUUGACUGGUCUAGUCAACUCUCCCACAAACAUCACCUUCCCCGAAAAACCACUCUUUAUUCCUUCCACUCAAAUUACUCCAUUGUUCAAUUCCAUUCAACCCCUUUUUCCCUCUCUCUCAAACACACUCACUCAUGUAUCACGGCGCCGAAGCCGUCGUGGCCGCAAUCGGCAGCUUUAUCAUCGUCACAGUUAUACUCGCCGCCAUCAUUCUCAUCUUCAAACUCCGCAAACAAACCCAAACCCGCCGCAACAACCAGAUCCGAACCCGAGCCUUUCGAAACACUAACCCGAACAGCUCCAAUUCCCUCCCUGUUGACGCCAGCUGGUCAUGGGAUCCCAAUCUCAAGAUCUCCAUGGAAGAACUCACACGCGCCACCAAUAACUUCUCCUCUCACCUCAUCGUCGGCGACGGAAGCUUCGGCCUCGUCUACAAAGCUCAUCUCUCCACCGGCGUAACCGUCGCCGUAAAAAAACUCUCCCCCGACGCCUUCCAAGGAUUCCGCGAAUUCGCGGCGGAGAUGGAAACCCUAAGCAAACUCCGCCACCACAACAUCGUCAAAAUCCUCGGUUACUGGGCUUCUGGACCUGAGCGGUUACUCGUUUACGAGUUCAUCGAGAAAGGAAACCUCGAUCAAUGGCUUCACGAACCUUCUUCUCCAACUCACCAAAACGACGACGUUUCAACCGAUCUAAUUCCUUCUCCUUUGUCUUGGGAAACAAGGGUUAACGUCAUUCGGGGUGUUGCUCAUGGGCUUUGCUAUUUACACGGACUCGAGAAGCCCAUUAUUCACCGAGACAUCAAAGCUAGCAAUGUGUUAUUGGACUCUAAUUUUGAGGCCCAUAUUGCUGAUUUUGGGCUUGCUCGUAGAAUGGACAAGUCGCAUUCCCACGUGUCAACGCAGUUCGCAGGUACAAUUGGUUACAUGCCUCCGGAGUAUAGAGAUGGGUCUAAUGUGGCUAACCCGAAAGUGGAUGUGUACAGUUUUGGAGUGUUGAUGAUGGAAACUGUAUCAGGCCACAGGCCCAAUUUGUCGGUGAAAUUGGAUGGAGUUGAUAUUGGGCUUGUUAAUUGGGCUAGGAUGAUGAAGGAAAGAAACACUGAGGUGGAGAUGCUCGAUGUAAAUAUUCCAAGAGAAGAAGCGUUGAAGGAGGAAAGUGUUGGGGAGUAUGUGCGCAUUGCUUGUAUGUGUACUGGUGAGUUACAGAAGGAUAGGCCUGAAAUGUCUGAGGUUGUCAAAUUAUUGGACUCGAUGUCCCUUUGAACCGUGCUUUCUUAACCUCAUUAUUCAGAAUUGAUUAUCAACGUAUAUAGAUACAUACAUUCAUUGCAAUACUAUUGUUAGUAGGAUUAGUUUUAUGUAAUUAUAUUAGUAUUAUUAUCAAAUUUAUUGUUUUGGUUUUCAUUCGGUUGAUAAAUGCAAUAUAUAUCGUAAGUAACUGAGCACCCU